AUGCAUCUCUGUCGAGUCAUGGCCGCCGUGGUCAUCCACGCGGCCGUGGCCAGUGCCAUUACCACUUCGUAUUGCGUCAUCCCCGACGUCUGCUUUCGAUGGGGAGUCCCCGAAGCAAACACGACCUCCAAGCCGUCCAGCGUCUACCUCCAGCUCAAGGCUCCGAUAACGUACGAGUGGAUUGGCCUCGGAAUCGGAUCGCAGAUGCGCGGCGCCUACAUGUUCAUCAUGUACGCCGACGGCAAAGGCAAUGUCACCCUCAGCACGCGCCAGAGCACCGGCCACGUCAUGCCGCAACACGUGGCGAAUGGCAAUGUCAAGAUGCUGGAGGGCUCCGGCAUCGUCGACGGCCAGAUGAUUGCCAACGUCAAGUGCGGCGGCGGCUGUAACAACCUUGCCCUUCAGGGCUCAGCCGGUUGGAUAGCCGGUUGGAAAGUCGGCAGUCCGCUGAACUCGACGAGCGCAUCCGAGACCAUCACCUUCCACGACGGUUACAACGGUUUCAACGUCGAUCUGAAAAAAUCCACCAUUAGCGUCGAUGCGAAUCCAUUCCUGAAUUCUCAGAACUCGUCCAGCAACGGCAAGAAUGCGUCGACGGCCGUCACGGGCGGCGAAACUGCAAGCACCGACAGCCAGACCCUGGUGUAUGCGCACGGCAUUCUCAUGACCAUCAUCUUCGUCAUCGGAUACCCCAUCGGAUCCAUACUCAUGCCACUGCUUGGGAAUUGGAUCAUCCACGCAAGCUGGCAGUCGCUCAUCUUCCUCUGCAUGUGGGUAGGAUUUGGUCUUGGCUACGCACUCGCCAGCCGUGCCGGCGCCUUCUCCCCAAGCCCCCAUACGGUGCUUGGCAUCCUUGUCGUGUCGUUCAUGGUAUUGCAACCUAUUUUCGGCUGGCUUCAUCAUCAGUACUACAUCAAACACCAAAGCCGCGGCAUCGUGAGCCAUGUUCACAUCUGGUACGGCCGCGUACUCAUCCUCAUCGGUAUCGUGAACGGUGGGUUGGGCUUGCAGCUCUCAGGAAGCCCCUCGACCUUUUGCACGGCCUACAUUGUACUCACAAUACUCAUGGUUGUCGUGUGCUCAUGUGCAAUUGCUUUUGCCAUUUCUAAGAAAAGACAGCAUGUCGCCACCCCGAGCGCAAACCCAGCACGAUUCGGUGGUAAGAAGGCGAGCUAA